UACUUUCAAGUCUGAAGGCACGCCGGCCACGUUUUCGUCUCGAGCUGGAGAUCGGCGAUUUCAGCAAAUUUUUUCCUCGUUAUUCUUCCCUUUUCGCUCUAGUAGUCCACGUUGAAAGUAGUGAAGUGGUGAAUUUAAUUAUUAACCAUGUCCCACCGUAAAUUUAGUGCCCCUCGUCAUGGUUCCAUGGGAUUCUACCCCAAGAAGCGUGCACGUAGACAUCGUGGUAGAGUAAAGUCUUUCCCCAAGGAUGAUCCCUCAAAACCCAUCCAUCUCACAUCUUUCCUCGGUUACAAAGCCGGUAUGACCCACGUUGUACGUGAAGCCGACAGACCCGGAUCAAAGGUAAACAAGAAGGAAAUCGUCGAACCGGUAACUAUCAUCGAAACACCUCCAAUGGUCAUUGUUGGACUCGUAGGUUACAUCGAAACUCCUCAUGGCUUGAAAGCUCUUUCCACCGUUUGGGCUGAGCAUUUAUCUGAAGAUUGUAGAAGACGAUUUUACAAAAACUGGUACAAAGCUAAGAAGAGGGCGUUCACGAAAGCCUCCAAGAAAUGGCAAGAUCCUCUCGGUAAAAAAGCUAUCGAUAAAGAAUUAGCUAAAAUUUCGAAAUACUGCAAAGUUAUCCGUGUCAUUGCCCACACCCAGAUGAAAUUAUUGAAAUUCAGACAAAAGAAAUCGCACAUCAUGGAAAUUCAAGUCAACGGUGGUACCGUUCCUGAAAAAGUGCAAUGGGCUAGAGAACAUUUCGAGAAAGCUCUUCCAGUUUCACAUGUUUUCACUCAAGAUGAAAUGAUCGAUUGCAUCGGUGUAACGAAAGGAAAAGGAUACAAAGGUGUCACUUCCCGUUGGCAUACGAAGAAAUUACCCAGAAAGACCCACAAAGGUUUGAGAAAAGUCGCUUGUAUCGGUGCUUGGCAUCCGAGUCGCGUUCAAUUCACCGUAGCCCGUGCUGGUCAGAAAGGUUAUCACCAUCGUACCGAAAUCAACAAGAAAAUCUAUCGUCUCGGUCAAGGAAUCCACACUAAAGAUGGAAAAAUUGUCAAAAAUAACGCUUCGACCGAAUACGAUUUAACUGAGAAAACCGUAACGCCUAUGGGAGGUUUCCCUCACUAUGGUGAAGUUACCAACGAUUUCAUCAUGAUCAAAGGAUGCUGUGUUGGACCGAAAAAACGUGUCAUUACUCUCAGAAAGUCUCUGUUGGUUCAUACCAAACGAUCUGCUUUGGAAAAGAUCAACUUGAAGUUCAUCGAUACAUCGUCCAAAUUCGGUCAUGGUCGCUUCCAAACUGUUGCUGAUAAAGCUGCCUUCAUGGGUCCAUUGAAAAAGGAUAGAAUACGCGAAGAAGAGAAGAUUACCAGCGCUUAAUUUUGUAUUUUGUUAUAUGAUUGACGAAUAAAAUUCUGAAAAAUUGA